UUCUGGUGCACAGUAAGACCCGUCACGUGAUUCUUUUGCGUUUUCACAAGCUACUCUGUGCGUUGCCCCCUUGUUUAGACCAUCUAUUUUCAGUAGCAUUUCAUAUCCUUUCACUGAUACAACCGUAAUGAACGAUUACGGUUACGGAGGAUACGGUGGGCAGUAUGGUGGUGGUGGUGGAGGAGGAGGACAAUACGGUGGGGGCCGUGGCGGCUAUGGGGGAGGUGGUGGUGGAUAUAGCCGAGGUGGCAAAUACGGAGGAGGUGGGGGUGGCUACAGAAGUGGAGGAGGUGGUUACGGGGGAGGUUGGGGAGGACGUGACUAUUUUGGAAACGGGGGGAGAGGCCGACAAAACCAGGAGUUGGACCCCGAGAGCGAAAUGUUCCGAAAGCUGUUUGUUGCUGGCUUGAACUACGACACGACUGAGGAAAACCUGAAGAAGUACUUUGAACAGUGGUGUGAAGUAACCAAAUGUACCAUUGCAAAAGACCCAAGCACACGCAGAUCUCGUGGCUUCGGCUUCAUCACUUUCAAAACGGCAGCUGACCUCGACAAGGCUCAACGUGAAAGGCCGCACGAGAUAGACGGGAGAGAAAUUGUGUCCAAACGAGCCAUGCCAAAAGAGGAAGAGGGUGGGCCACCCCCGGAGUCGGUAUCGAAGAUGUUCCUGGGCGGGAUGAAGGACGACACGACGGAGGACCAGGUGCGGGAAGCGUUCGAGGAUUAUGGAACCAUCAAACAGAUUGACCUCGUCAAGGACCGCAGCACGGGCAAACUGAAGGGAUUUGGCUUUGUCACAUUCGAUGACUAUGACCCGGUUGACAAAGCUGUCCUGAAAAAAUAUCACAAGAUAAAUGGCCGCACCCUUGAAGCUAAAAAAGCCCAGUCAAAAACGGAUGACCUUGAUUUCCGACAGCGAGGAGGUGGAUACAGGGACUCGUAUGGGGUUACUGAAAGAUUCCGGGGUGGAGGAGGUGGUGGUGGUGGAGGAAUGCGUGGAGGCGGAGGAUACUGGGAUGGAUACUACGGGGGAGGAGGUGGUUACGGUGACUACUAGAUGGUUGUCGAAUGAAGAUUGUGGGAAGGUCAUGACUGGAAGUUUACCAGCACAUUUGUACAGCAAAAGACAAGAGUUCAAACUGGCAUGGUAGAGACUGACAGCACGUGAGGGGCCAGUCGUUGUUUCUAAGACCAACAUAAUUUUAUUAAAUAGUCUCUAAGGCACAUUUAGCAUAAAACUUAUUCAGAUAAUGUGACUGCACUACACUGUAUUUAGUUGACCUUUCCUGAUCCAAUCCAGUAUGUUGAUCGGCUGGAACAAAUUGUUAAUGAAUUUUGUACUAACAAUAUGUGUAAAUUUUAAUGCUCAUUAUUUUAAGGAAAAAACAAACAUUUGAUGUUGAUAACAAUUGUACAUUUGAUCACAAAUUUGCAGGUGUUUUUCUUGUGUAAAGUUGAAGUUAAAAUAUUUCACUAAUGUGUACUUAAUUUUUAAUAUUUUUUUUUUUAUUUUUUUUUAAGGAGGAUUGUAUUACAUUUUGUGAUUUGCUCCUAACUUAUUUGUAAAUUUUGCUGUGAACAAAAAAAAAGACAUCUUUAUUCUAUUAGGCUCAGAAGCAGGUGCUUCUGUAUUGACUGUACGAGAUCUUGUACCUCGAGAAAACUGGGGGUGGGGUGAGGCAGUUUAUUUAGUAUUCAACCAGAACUAAGACCUUGAACACUAAUGAGCUUCACGACAUUUAAGUAUUUUCUGUUCCGAGAUUUAGCCGUGCCCAAGACAUCAUUUAAUAAUGUUAUGCAGCCUUAGUAUCGGUUGAAGGUUGUCUUGACUCUGCUGUGGCCAUGAGACUGGUGUUGACGUGCAAGAAGAUGAUGCGGGGCGCUUCAUUGUUUGGGCCGCGUGCGAGUGGUGAGCCGGGCCCACGAGCGAUCCACUGAGACUGAGCAGACACCGUUUGCACCCUGUGCACCCUGCUGCAGCCUUGGAAUGGCAGGGUGCUCAUCGUUCAUUAACGCCAUCCAUCCAUAAUUCACAUUUCUCCAUUUUGUAAUAUAAUGUCACACACAUAUUGCUCCAGAUAAACCUCCAGUGAUGUUUCAAUCACAUCGUCUGGUUUCGAAAAGAAAAAUUUAUUGUGGGCCAGAGGUGGUCCUCUCUUACUUAAUUUCAUUACUAAAGCAAUUUUUCUUUUCAAACAGUUUAAAACCAUAAAAAAUACUUCCUUCUCGUAAAGGUUUUUAAAUUUUGAUAAAUUAAUUUUGAUUUGAGUUGGAGGUAGGUGGUGUAGCUUGAAACAGUAUCAUAGGGGUUUAAUUUUGACAAUAUAUACAGAAUCUUCUAACAGUACAUUUUUCUAUUACACUUGAUUAGGACUGUACAAAACAUUUAUCUUUUCUUCAGAGGACAAAUUUGUUUUCACAAAUAUUUUUGAACAUUAUGAUUCAUGUUUUCAUAGGCACUUGAAGGUAGAUAUUUCCGGAGGUGCUCAUUACCAGAAAGUUAAAAUUGUUGUCCUAAAAUAUGUGCAUUUUGCUCAUCAUUAUCAUCAUCAUCAUCAUCAUCAUAAUCAGUGGGGUGCUAUGUGUGUGUUUUUCUUGCAGUACAAAAACAUAUUGAUGGCCAGAAUGAAUACUGCUUUCUUCCAUCAGUGAAUCCUUUGAAAUGUGGCUCAUUGUCAAAUAAACAAUUUACAGUUUAUUUACAAGCUGCAUUUUUUGUUAAAUCGGUCAACUCGAGAAUUUUGUGUAAGGUUAUAUUAAUGUUGCACAACAUAACAUAUUAACUUGAUUACUACCUUGCUGCAGUGUCGGUUAAUUAUCUCCCCCUGGACAUAACCUUUAUGAAGAGGUGUAAUGGACUUGAGCACUUGGUGGCACUUGAUUUGCAACUGAAAGCCAGCCCGUUCUUAUUACUAUUAUAUUUAUAUCUAUUAAAUCUCUGUUCACCAGUACAAAACCCCUAAAACAUUGGACAAGUCUCAAGUCUGUAUGUUGGUUAAUUUAGAUCUCUUAUUAUGUAAGACCUAUGGCAAUUGAACUUUUCGUGUUGUAACCUGUCAAUAUGUUGAGAGUGUAAAUGUUAAACUGUUUUCGAUGUUGAGAAUCUUCCCAGCUUGUGGGAAGGUCGCGAGGCCCGUUUUAAAGUCUCCAGUAGCACGUUUUAUGUAGAAUUUCCCCCCAUGACUAGAACUUCCCACACAAGACAAGUUAGUUAAAAUUUUUAUUGUUCAAAUCAAUGUAAUUUUUCAGAAGCCAAUGACAAUAAACUCCUUAUUUCACAUGA